CAUAAUCAAAAACCAUGACGAGCACGAACGGCGAAGCUUCUUCGAUGGGCUACGAGUUUGCCAGAGUUAGCAUCAAGGAUGAAAAAUCUAAGCCGCCGAUGAUAUAUUCCGAUGGUGUGUUCGGAGGGAGAGAUGUGAUGAAAAUCGUGUUAUUGGUCGCAACCGUGACGCUUUCUUGUCUAUUAUUCUACAAAUCUGCAAAUAAUCCACUCAACAUGAUGUUGUUUCCAUCGAAUACCGAUUGCUAUUCUUCAAAAAUCAUAAACGAUACUUUCUUAGAAACAGUGCCAAGGAAAGAACCGGUUUCAAAGUUAGAAAAAGUACUAAUGAAUGCGGCUAUGGAGGAUAACACGGUGAUCAUAACAGCGUUAAACCAAGCAUGGACUGAACCAAACUCCACAUUUGAUGUAUUUCGAGAGGGUUUUAAAGCCGGAAUAGGAACAGAGAGGCUAUUGAAGCAUGUAAUCGCGAUUUGCUUGGACAACAAGGCAUAUGAUCAGUGCCUAAGGGUUCAUCCUCAUUGCUACUUGAUCAACGCCACGGAUUCAGACCAACUCUCCGGGCCAAACAGAUUCAUGACUCCUGGUUACUUAAAGCUCAUUUGGCGACGAAUGGAUCUUCUUAGACAAGUCAUUGGUUUAGGAUACAACUUCAUCUUCACGGAUGCAGAUAUUUUGUGGCUUGGAGACCCAUUUCCCCGGUUUUUUCCAGACGCUGAUUUUCAAAUAACAUGCGAUGAUUAUAAUGGAAAACCAUCAGACAAAAAGAAUCACGUCAACUCCCGAUUUACAUACGUCAAGGCAAGCAACAAAACUUCAAAAUUUUACAAAUACUGGAUCAGAUCGAGUAAGAAGUAUCCUGGUAAACACGAUCAAGAUGUCUUCAACCUUAUAAAAAGCGAUCAUCACGUCGAGAAACUCGGGAUAAAGAUGAGGUUUUUUGACACGGUUUACUUUGGAGGGUUUUGUCGGCCGAGCCGGGACAUCAAUGUGGUCAACACCAUGCAUGCUAAUUGUUGUAUUGGUUUGGACAACAAAGUGAAUAAUCUUAAGGCAGCUCUUGAAGACUGGAAACGAUAUGUGUCACUAAACACGACCGUAUCCGAGACUAAAUGGAAUAUUCCGCCUAGGUGUGGUUAUUGAAGGCCGUAAGAUCAGUAGUAGAUAUAGUAUGAAACUAGCUAGUUUCGUACGUUAAGAUUGUUUCGUUGUUAUUGAAGUGGGUUAUUGUGUCUUAAUUAAUUUAGUUUUGAGCUGAGAUAGUACGCUUUUUAUUUUAUUUGGAAAUAUCAAAGAUAUAAAGAUUA